CGCUGGCAGCAGCAAAUGCAACUCUACCUUGCAUAAAGGUCUGUUUCUGAAGAAAUCGUGUUUGUUAUUGGCUUACUCUCAUAUCACCAAACAAAACAAUCUGGAACCAUAAGAAUCAUGUUGCUCGCAGUCUUCAUUUUGGAUUCAUACAGGUGAUUGCAAGCUACAUCUGGAAACUGUUCUUACACUACAUGAAAAGAUUGCUAACUCCAAACCUUGGAUAAGAAAAUCUGUUCUUUGGCCACUGCCUCCUCUGGCUUUGAGCAAACUACAAAAUGUUGUCCUUCACAAAAACUUUCACCACUUUUCCCUCUCAUAUGCCGCAUACUUUCCAGCAUCAUUACAUUCCAUCUCUGGUAGUAAUCAAAAGCAGUAGUGAUAACGGCAAUAACAUUGCCAGUGGCAAUGACUUAGACACAUCUCCACCUGCCCCACCACCUAUAACACGACCAGAAAUGGUAGAAAUUCGGUUCAAAAGAGGUUCAAGAAAAAGAAGAAAGCAACAGCAGGAUGGUGUUAUUGAUAAAAUGCCAUCGAAGGUGGCUUCUCCUCCAAAGGAUUGGGACUCAAUGACUCUCGCUGAGAAGGCUAUGGAGCUGUAUGUGGGUGAGAAGGGUGCAUUGUUUUGGCUUAACAAAUUUGCAUAUGCAUCCAUAUUUAUUGUUAUUGGAGGAUGGAUAUUGUUCCGGUUUGUUGGUCCGGCACUCAACUUGUACCAGUUGGAUACUCCUCCCUUGUCUCCAACUUCCAUGUUCAAGGGAUCAUGAAAGAAGCAUCAUAUGCAAGAAGUUUCCGAAAGGAAUUUAGAUGAGAGGGAUGGAAUUUUAGGAUGGAAAAGCUGUUGCUCUCUUGUUUGGGCGAAUUUUCGAAUUCCACCUGUUGGUGUAGUUUCAAAGUAACUGUCUUCGGUUUAGAUGUAUGAUUAUAUUUUUGAACUUGAAAUAGUUGUUUGAUGUCUUGAUAUAAUUGAUUUUUCCAUUCAGACA